AUGGCUGAUUUCACAUUCUUGGAUAUCGAUCCUACCAUGGAAUUACUUAACCAAUUCCCUGAACUAAAAUCCUUGAAUUACCAAAGCUUUUCACCUUUCUCCACCACUGACAACAACCUGUUCAACAAUAAAGCUCAAAAGAUCCCAACCAUUAAUAACUGGGGAGAAGAAGAUAAUAACUUACCAGGUUUUACCCACAAUUCAGUACCAUCAGUUUCUCAGCCCAUUUUCACACCUGGAAAUGAAUUCCAUGAAGAAACCCACAAGAGAAAAGAAUUGGAUUUCGCAUGGGAAACUAGUUUCUGGAAUUCAUCGUCUCCCCAUGUUUAUGAAACUGAGAUCAACAUAAGAAACAAUCCAGGAAGAGGGAAAAGAGCAAAAAGCAAUGGCAAGGAAGAAGAGAAACCAAAAGAAGUGGUUCAUGUUAGAGCUAGACGAGGUCAAGCUACCAAUAGUCACUGUGUUGCAGAGAGGGUUAGAAGAGGGAAAAUAAAUGAGAGACUAAGAAGCUUGCAAGAUAUAGUCCCAGGGUGCUAUAGGAAUAUGGGGAUGGCAGUAAUGUUAGACGAGAUAAUCAAUUAUGUCCAGUUCUUGCAGAACCAGAUCGAGUUUCUUUCAAUGAAGUUGACGGCAGCAAGUGCAUGCUAUGACUUCAACUCAGAUUCAGACGAUAUGGAAACCAUGCAGAGGAGGCAAAAAGGUUGAAAAGAUUGAUGAAAAAAGGAUAUACAGGAGGGUCAAAGCUGCUUGCUUUCACUCAUCUCUUUGACUUUAAUUUCUAGAUGUUAUAUAUCUCUUUAUUCAAGAUCAUAUUAUCAAAUUAAAUAAAUAUUUU